CAUUUUCCAGAUGCUUCGAAGACAGCCAACCGAAAUUGUACUGAAACUGGAGGAAGUUGAUGAGAUGAUAAUGGAAAUCAAGAAGAAAGCUGCCGGUGAAGGUGAGGAAGUAGAAAAAGCCAUGACGCAGACUGCUGUACGAUCACGUAUUGGUGCACCGUCACCUCGAAUCCGAAUGGCGCAAGCAACCGAUACUCAACCUGCGGGGACUUCAGACGGUGCCUCUACUUUGCCUUAACCUCGUAAUGCAUUUUGCUUCCUUUUAUUGCUGUUAACUUACUAAAUACAUGUUUGAUAGACGAAAAUAUUUUUUUCUACGCAGUAUUCUCUGGUGUUUGCCAUUUCCGUAUCAAAUUAGAUUAUUCUACUGAGAGAUGAUUUGAAUUUGUAACUCUUAGAUGAUGCCCG